AACUAUACGAUUCGCUUACGUGUUCGAAUCAUGCUAAUGAGAAACAAUGUCUGGAUGGUUCCGAAAUGCCUAUAAGCACGACCUGGAUUUAAAAUAUGCAGUUCGUAAGUGACCGAAAAGGGAUUUUCUGUUUAAUCCAGUGAUCACUGUUGAGCGAUAUUUUAAUUACGAAUCGCACAAUAUUGAAGCUUGUAUCAGAACUUAGUGAUAUCGAUUCUGCAUAUUAAAGUCCCCGAACACCAACUGGAACAAGAUCUAGAGCAUGCAUGGAGAGAUCGAAUUCAUGUGGUCACUUGAUAGUUCAGUUUAUUGAGCAUCGGUGCUACUAGGAAUGCCACCAAUUUAAAGGAUGUUUCCUCAGAUCUUUAUGAGAGGCAACUGAUAAGUUCCAUGUACAUGAUGUAUACUUUCAUGUGAUGUAAGAAUAUCAUAUUUUUGAGAUAUUUCCUGAAAGAAUCCAAAUGUGCUCAGAGUCAAUGUUUGCCUGCUUUUAUAUAUUUGUCCAGCGGGAAACAUCCGAAAACGAUACGUUCAAGUUUGCCUCGAAAUCUCGCUUUACAGAAGACCUUGAAAUGUUUUAACAGUGUUGCAUAUAUUAUUCAAGAAAGACAUCGUAAUCUGGAAACAACGUUCCUGUGUACAACUUUGGAGGUCAUUCAAGUUGUGAGCCUCGCUCUAGGAUGGAAGGAGUGAGCUAUUCUCGGGUAGGGAGCACACCCUAUCCAAUGCCACCCGGUAACCAAUUCACUGUGGCUCUUGGAAACAUUACCGAUGGCAAUGUGACUAAUAGUAAUAUCCCACCGCUGGCGUUCCAAGAAUACUUCGAAAUCUUUGUCCUGGUGGUGAUAGGUAUCUGCGGUGUGGUCGGCAACGGGACAUUGAUCUAUAGUGUGCUGAUGAACAAGGACAUGCGGAGUGUUCCCAAUGUCCUCAUAGCCAAUGUGGCCGUAGGAGAUCUCCUAGUGCUGUCCUUCUCGGUUCCUUUGACCAUCCUGUCGUACAUCCAGGACGAUUUCCCUCUAGGACUCACCAUGUGCAAGGUUACGGCGUUCAUCCCGGUUGUUUCGGAAGGUGUCUCUGUGUUCACUUUCACAGCACUCAGCUUCGACCGUUACAACGCCAUCGUCCGGCCCAUACAGAGGCGGCGCAGCCCAGUGGUCCGUCGCACCUGCGUGGUGGCGGUCUGUAUCUGGGUGGUAGCCAUAUGCCUUGGGAUACCCUCCAUGUUUCUUGCCUACCUCAAUUACGAGAUGGACCCUUAUGUGCUCUGCUUUAUCCUGCCGCACUUCACCCUCCAAGCUCGAAUCCAUGAGGUCGCCCGAUGCCUUGUCAUGUACGUUAUCCCACUCACUAUCAUCACGUGUUAUUACUGCCUCAUCGCAAUCCAGCUCUUUCAAAGUUCUCGAGACAUGCCUGGCGAAGGUCAUCAAGAAAGUAAGCAAGCAAGAGCUAGGAGACGUCUCGCCAAGGCUGUCCUUGUAUUGGUCUUUAUCUUCGGCAUCUGUUGGUUCCCGCACUUCAUGAGGAGGUAAGAGCGAAUAAGAUUCCUAUAAGAUUCUUUACAAUUAGUCUCAGUCAAUGAGCGUUGGCGGACAUCAGGGUUCCGUAACCAUGGUAACCAGUUGUAACAUAAAUGUUUACAAUGAAAAAAAAAAUAAAACAAUUAUGCAUGGUUUCUUUUCCUAAAAUCCAGACAAAAUAGUGAUCUUAAUAGUUGACCUUUGCCAAUUGCGCUUUAUUGCAAGUUCAUCGUAUAACAA